AUGGCUUCCACUGAUGAGCUUCAACAUUCCAGCUUGUAUUGCUAUAACAACUCCACCACCAACAAAUCCUCAUAUAACAACUCCACCACCAUCAACUCUUCCUAUAACAACUCUACCACCACCACCUCUUCCUAUAACAACUCCAACACCACCAACUCUUCCUAUAACAACUCUACCACCAACAACUCCAUCACCAACAACUCUUCCUACACUCUUCCUUCAACAACUCCAUCACCAACAACUCUUCCUUCAACAACAACUCCAUCACCAACAACUCCAUCACCAACAACUCUUCCUUCAAUAACUCCAUCACCAACAACUCCAUCACCAACAACUCUUCCUUCAACAACCCCAUUACCAACAACCCUUCUUAGAACAACUCCACCACCAACAACUCUUCCUUCAACAACCCCAUCACCAACAACCCUUCUUAGAACAACUCCAUCACCAACAACCCUUCCUACAACAACUCCAUCACCAACAACUCUUCUUACAACAACUCCAUCACCAACAACUCCAUCACCAACAACUACAUCACCAACAAUUCUUACAACAACAACAACUACAUCACCAACAACUCCUCCUAUUCUCUUUGAAUACAUCAUUGUGGUUGAGUUGAACACCACAGAUCUCACUCUAAUAAAUCAACUGAGUACCAUUCUAAGAAGCAUCCGUUACCCCUUUAUCCUCAACAACACACAAAUCCUUGAUGUAAACAUUUCUACAGUUUGCUCUCCGAGCAGUACUGGUUACCAGUGCAGAUGUGAGGAUCAGUAUCUUUGGUCAUGUGACCAGUGUUUACAGUAUACAUCCUGUGACAACAUCACUGGGGACACAUGUGGAUGCAUCAAUGCCAUUCCUCCUGAUGGACAAUACUGCCAGCCUUCUGGUCAAAACAACAUUCCAGCUUGUAUUGCUAUAACAACUCCACCACCAACAACUCCUUUUAUCACAACUCCAACACCAACAAAUGACUCGCACAUCUACAUGCCCCUGAAAAUAAAUGACCCAAACCCUCAACAUCGCCCGUCAGACUGUCUGCAGGACAUCAGAGCCUGGAUGGCCUUGAACUUUUUAAAAUUCAAUGAAAAAAAGACAGAGGUGAUAAUAUUUGGACCCAGUGGUUGCCCCAAUGCCCCGCCUGUGCUGGAUUCUCUUGUCCCAUAUGUGAAACUCAUUGUCACAAACCUGGAUGUACGGAUUUAUCGCGAUUUCAAACUAGACAAACAGAUCAAUUCUGUGGUAAAAUCCAGCUUCUUUCAGCUAAGACUUUCAGCAAAGCUGGUCCAGAAUGCUGCUGCACGCCUACAUCAGGUGUAAAACACUACAACACAAACAAUGACAACAACAAAAAGUAAAUGCAACGAAACGAUUGCUAUCUG